AUUCUUAAUCCCACCGAGGACAAACCUGAGCUCGUCGAACGAGUUGCCAAACGAAAAGUCAAGCCUCCAGAGCUUACCAUCGUCGAGCCAGAUUCUCAAUGGAUUGAUCACUUCGAGACAUUUAAAGCACGUAUUACCGCUGCCUUCGGGCGGCGUGGACCAAACAAUGAAGUUCUUCUGCGAGAGGAUGGUAGCAACGCCACUGAGGUCGUCAUCCUGUCAAUCAACCACGUCGGGUCAACCUCAGUUCCUGAUCUUCCCGCCAAAGCAGUUAUCGACAUUGAUCUCGUUUUGUCUUCCAACACUUUGUCGUCCGAACCCUUUUACGUGCCGCGUCUCGAGGCAGCGGGAUUUCAAUUUCUCCUUCGUGAGCCCGCGUGGCACGAGCAUCGCUUCUUCUACGCCUGGGAGCCUAUGUUGUGCAAUCUGCACGUCUGGGGACCGCAGUGUCCCGAGGUGGAGAGGCACCGUAUCUUUAGGGACUGGUUGAGGAAUCAGGAGAGCGACAGGGUGCUAUACGCGGCAACGAAGAGGGAGUGUGCGGCAUUGUCAAGGGAGAAAGGGGAGGGGAUGAUGAAUUACACUAUGAGAAAGAAUGAGGUUAUCGGAGACAUACUGACGAGGGCUUUUAAGGAGCUAGGGCUACUG